CACUCUGAAGAGAAGAACAUUGAUUUUCAGAAUGCUUUGGAAGUGGAUUUCUGCUCUGCUGCUGCUGCAGAUAAGUUGCUGCUUCAGAUCUGCAAAGUGUGGGAAGGUGUUGGUAUGGCCGGUGGACUACAGUCACUGGAUGAAUAUAAAGAUAAUACUGGAUGAACUUAAACAGAAGGGCCAUGAAGUCACUGUUUUGAGACCUUCAACUUCCAUUUUUCUUGAUCCCAAAAAAUCGCCUGGCCUUAAGUUUGAAACUUUUCCUACAUCUUUCAGUAAUGAUGUCAUGGAAAUUAUUUUUGCAAAGGCUGUGGAAAGAUGGACUUAUGAGGUUCCAAGAGAUACAUGUUUAUCAUAUUCUCCUUUAUUACAAAAUAUAUUUGAUGAAUAUUCUGAUUACUGUUUAACUCUUUGCAAAGACACAGUUUCAAACAAACAGCUCAUGGCAAAACUCCAGGAAUCCAAGUUUGAUGUCAUUUUGUCAGAUGCUAUUGGUCCCUGUGGGGAGCUCAUAGCUGAACUGCUCCAAAUUCCUUUUCUAUAUAGUCUUCGCUUCUCUCCUGGCUACUAUCUUGAAAAAUACAGUGGAGGACUCCCUCUCCCUCCCUCUUAUGUACCUGUAAUUUUGUCAGGAUUAAGUGGUCAAAUGACAUUCAAAGAGAGGGUAAAGAAUAUGAUAUGUAUGCUUUAUUUUGACUUUUGGUUCCAGACAUUUAGGGAGAAGAAAUGGGAUCAGUUUUACAGCGAAACUUUGGGAAGGCCAACCACCUUAAUUGAGACAAUGGGCAAAGCAGAAAUGUGGCUCAUUAGAUCCUAUUGGGAUUUGGAGUUUCCUCACCCAACCUUACCAAAUGUUUACUAUGUUGGAGGAGUCCAUUGCAAACCUGCUAAACCAUUGCCUAAGGAAAUGGAAGACUUUGUUCAGAGCUCUGGAGAGCAUGGUGUGGUGGUGUUUUCUCUGGGGUCAAUGGUCAGUAAUAUGACAGAAGAAAAGGCCAAUGCAAUUGCAUGGGCUCUUGCCCAGAUUCCACAAAAGGUUCUUUGGAGAUUUGACGGCAAAACUCCAGCCACCUUAGGACCCAAUACCAGAAUCUACAAGUGGCUUCCCCAAAAUGAUCUUCUUGGUCAUCCAAAAACCAAAGCCUUUAUAACUCAUGGUGGCGCGAAUGGACUCUACGAGGCGAUCCAUCAUGGAAUCCCUAUGAUUGGCAUUCCUUUGUUUGGAGAACAACAUGAUAACAUUGCUCACAUGGUGGCCAAAGGAGCAGCUGUUACAUUGAAUAUCAGAACGAUGUCAAGGUCAGAUUUGCUCAAUGCACUGGAGGAAGUCAUAGACAAUCCUUUCUAUAAAGAGAAUGCUAUGUGGUUGUCAACCAUUCACCAUGACCAGCCUAUGAAGCCCCUGGACAGAGCAGUCUUCUGGAUUGAGUUUGUCAUGCGCCACAAAGGGGCCAAGCAUCUGAGACCACUUGCAUACAACCUCACCUGGUACCAGUACCACUCUCUGGAUGUGAUUGGAUUCCUGCUUGCUUUUGUGACAUUCAUUGUAGCCCUCAUUGUAAAGUGCUUCUUGUUUGUUUACCGAUUCUUUGUAAAGAAAGAAAAGAAAAUGAAGAAUGAGUAGAACUCAUUGAUAAUGCAUUACAUGAAUAAAAUUUUACCAUCAUUCUAUGUUAUGAACUAUCUUUUAAACACUCACUUAUCACUUUACAGAAGCAUAUCUUUUUUGGAGUUUUAUAACAUGUGAAAACAAAACACAUAUAAUUCUGGGGCUACUGAUAUGUUAUCAAAGAAUCCUAUCAUUUAUUUUAAUUGUCAAACUAUUAAAUGUAAAAUAAUUUGCAUGUAUAGAAACAUAUGAAAAAUAAAAAUUUACUUGAUAGAGCCU